GGAGGUGGAACAUGAGGGAGAAUGGAGACCAGUGAGGGGCUCUUUCUCUCCCUGGACCCUGAAGGCAGCAGGAGCCGCCUGCAGAGAACUGGACUGUGGCUCUGCUGUUUCUGUGGUACAGAGAGAAGAGUCCUCAGUGAGACCUGUGUGGAGGAUCAGCUCUCUCUGUGUUGAGUCUGGAUCUGCUCUGAGGGAGUGUGCAGGAUCAAGUUCCUCUAAAGACAUCCUGAAUCUCACCUGCUCAGACUCUGUCAGGCUGCUGGGGGGGACUGGUCUGUGCUCAGGCAGACUGGAGGUGAACUCUGACCAGUCUAACCAGUCUAACCCGUCCUGGUCCUCAGUGUGUGAGGCUGACUUUGACCAGCAGGAUGCUCAGGUGGUCUGCCGGCAGCUGGGCUGUGGGGCUCCUUCAGUCCUCCAGGGGGCGCUCUAUGGAGAAGGGGAGGCUCCAAUGUGGACCAAAGAGUUCCAGUGUGGAGGCCAUGAGUCUGCUCUCCUGGACUGUAGCUCAGCCUCAGAGAGAAACAUCUGCUCACCUGGCACAGCUGUUAGCCUCACCUGCUCAGAGCCUGGUGGUGUUAAGCUGGAGGGAGGAGAGAGUCGCUGUGCAGGAGACCUGGAGAUGGAACAUCAGGGAGAAUGGAGACCAGUGGAGGGCUAUUACUCUCCCUGGACCCUGAAGGCAGCAGGAUUCGCCUGCAGAGAGCUCGACUGUGGCUCUGCUGUUUCUGUGAGACUGAGAGAGGAGUCCUCACAGAGAUCUGUGUGGAGGAUCAACUCUCUCUGUGUUCAGUCUGGAUCUCCUCUGAGGGAGUGUGCAGCAUCAUAUUCCUCUUCCUCCUUCCUGACUCUCACCUGCUCAGACUCUGUCAGGCUGCUGGGGGGGACUGGUCUGUGCUCAGGCAGACUGGAGGUGAACUCUGACCAGUCUAACCAGUCUAACCCGUCCUGGUCCUCAGUGUGUGAGGCUGACUUUGACCAGCAGGAUGCUCAGGUGGUCUGCCGGCAGCUGGGCUGUGGGGCUCCUUCAGUCCUCCAGGGGGGCGCUCUAUGGAGAAGGGGAGGCUCCAAUGUGGACCAAAGAGUUCCAGUGUGGAGGCCAUGAGUCUGCUCUCCUGGACUGUAGCUCAGCCUCAGAGAGAAACACCUGCUCACCUGGCACAGCUGUUAGCCUCACCUGCUCAGAGCCUGGUGGUGUUAAGCUGGAGGGAGGAGAGAGUCGCUGUGCAGGAGACCUGGAGGUGGAACAUCAGGGAGAAUGGAGACCAGUGGAGGGCUAUUACUCUCCCUGGACCCUGAAGG